AUGGCUGGACGGCGCCCCUUGCUCCUGUUCCUGUGGCUGUGCUGGGCCUCCUGUCCCUUCCACUGCCAGAAGACCACCGAGGAGGACAUAGAAGCCUGUUGGGCAGCUGUUCAAGAGGAGGCUGAGCAGCCCAAGUUAUCUGCUGAGGAUUACGUGAAUAUGGCGUCGUUUGUGGCCGACUUCUUGCCGCUGAUCCAGAUUAAUGAGAUCUACUUGUGUCUGGAUGCUGUGGGGUCAACCACGCCGUCUCCGAAUCGCUUAGCCGAAUGGACCCUCGUCUCAACCCUCUCCCAGCGGUUCGUGUUCGUGCAUGGCUGCGACUUAGACCGCAUGACCGAGAGCCUCCGAGCCUUAGACGAGAACGCCACUCCUGAAGAGACGAUCCCACGCUCCUUGCACCACCCGGCGGCGGUCCACCUCACCUCGCGGAAGGGGCUGGAGGCGACGUUGGCGGCCAUAGGAGAGGCGUUACCCGAAGGACAGAGCGAGGCUUACCACAUCCUCCUCGGGGCCGACCUGCCGCAGUGUCCUGUGGAGGCUUCGCUCGCCGUGCAGUGGUUCCAGGCUUCUUACAAUGAGAGUUCCACCACCAUCAAAGUGGACGAGAUCUUCCUCUUCGCAAGUGGAGGCGUCAAUAUAAGAGUCCCUGUGGUGAGGUGGAAGACAGGUGGAGAGAGCAAAGCGUCAAUGUCUGUCAUUCAUCCACCUGGUUUCGGUCCUUACGAUUUUCGAGGACAUGUUAUCAAUGUGAUUGCUAUGGAGUACCAGCCUUUCCUGAUGAGAGCAAAGCCUUGUAAGGAAACAGAAGGAAGCGUCGGCCUCGUCUAUCAAGGAAAACCAUGUCCUUCUACGAUGCUUGAAGGAGUGAUGAUCGACCCGGAGCAGAAAAAGGCUCAUGCAAACUACACUGGAUAUUUGAUCGACAUCAUCCAAACACUCGCUAAAAGACUGAACUUCAAGAUAAAACUGCAGAUUCUACACCCAAAAGAGGCAGAAUUUGGCCUCGACGAUGGCAAUGGCACCUUCACGGGACUCGCUGGUUAUCUGCAAACGAGGAGAGCUGACAUCGCUUUGGCUGGAUUUUCUAUGACACGCGAACGUCUCCCGUUUAUGGACUUCUCAGAACCUAUAAUGUACGCCGGCCAGUCACUGUACGUAAGCACAAACUCCUCUCUGCAUACCAUUGGCUGGAACACCUACGUCCUUUCCUUCCAAUGGGGAACCUGGCUAGCUAUCCUCCUCCUCCUCAUCAUUAUGACUUUUGGCUUGUGGUUCCUCGUGAGAAGACAGGGGGAUGAGGAUCCUCACUUCACCCAGACUCAUAAUGUGGCUUUCAUUCUCUUCUCUUGUCUCGUGCAGCAAGGUUCCUGGAUCCUGCCCACCACAGGCCGCGCCCAAGCUGUCCUGUGGAUGUUCUGGUUCACGUCUGUGGUUCUCUACGCAUCCUACACCGCCCGUCUGACGUCCUUCCUCACCGUGUCUUCUCUGAGACUUCCUUUCACCACCUUGGAAGAAGCUGUGCAUUUGCCGGAGUGGAAAAUAGGACUACAAAAGGGGACAUCGGUUAUUGAGACUCUGAAGAGAGCCACGUCCAAGAGCAGUUAUCAUUCCGUCUGGAAAGGCAUCGAGCGGGACAGGAACCUCCUGACGACCAACGAAGAAGCGGCCAUCGUUCGGCUGCUGACGGAGAAGAAAUUCGCGUUUCUCGGCGAGCAGUUGACGAUGAGUUACCUAAUCAACGGAAAUUGCUCCAUUACCGAGAUUCCAGGGAGUUACCUUGCAGGCUACGUCUCCUUGGGACUGCGAAAGAAACUGCCGUGGGCGACGGUCAUCAAUCAAGAGAUCGUGAAGAUGUCAACAGGUGGCCUCCUCGACCGCAUGUAUCAACAGUGGUGGGGGAAGUCGAUACCGUGUGAAGCCAGGUCACCAUAUACGGAAUUAGGGUUUUCAAACAUCCUCACGGCUUUCCUCCUGCUCAUCCUCGGCGGCCUCCUCUCCGUGCUGCUCCUUGUGUUCGAGAUUUCCCUCAGGAGAUACUACCGGAAGGACAAGGUGUUCUCGAGGACGUCCUCCACCUUGCAAGGGCGAGUGUCGACCCUUGGAAGACCGAGGACGAUUUUCGACAGGAGUAGCGACGGACUGAGGCGGAUAGUGAGAGUCGAGGAGCAAACGCGAGUUGGAUGA